AUGUACUACAACAUCAGCUCACGAUGCUUGCCUGCCUGUGAGGUGACGUGCAUGCAGCCAUGUGCCUACAGCAGAAGCCUUGAGCCCUGUGUUGCAUCGUGUGGGGACUCAAGAGCUGUGGUGUACGCCCCACCGGUUGUCCUCACCUUCCCGGGCCCUAUUCUCAGCAGCUGUCCUCAGGAGAGCACGGUGGGAACAUCGUUUCCCCAGCCCUAUGGUGCUUUGACCUCAUACAGCUCUGGAAACUCCUAUGGGAUGGAGGGUUCCUCAGGUUCUGGAGGCACGUCAGGGAUGGGAGGCUCCUUUGGAUCUGGGGGCUCCUUUGGGUAUGGAGGCUUCUCAGGGAUUGGGGGUUCCUUUGG